GCACCGGACCUUCAAUAUAUUGAUUUUGUAAUUUGUUCCGCAGUAUUGCGAGGAUCUGCACCUCCUGUAGGAAAUCGCCUCUUUCUUCACAGGAACAAGAGCAAUGGAACUCUACGGGCGGGGCGGGCAGCAGCGGCUCACAACAUCCGGCGUCAAGAACAUGAUGACAAACCAUCAACCACAAUCACCUACUAGCGCAGGAGUGCUGUCCCGCCGACGUCCUCUCCUGAAGCUUUUCAUUGGCAUAGCAACGGUACAACUCCACGACUUAACGCCAGUCGUAAAAUCAGUUAGGCCAGUCCUCUUCCAACCCCCAUCGGAUGAGGCAGAAACAUUUACCGACGCUGCGCUUCGGGACGAAGACCACCGACUUUGGUCGUCUUUCCCCGACGUUAAUAUAGUUCUGGGUGAGCAGGAACAGGAUCAUUUAUUUUCCCACCAGCGCAGAAGAGGGGGCACUUCAGCCACGGUCGUGGACGAGGACGACCCUAUCCCGGAUUUCCAGCUCGGAGGCGCAUUCAGUUCUUCAACAGCAACCGAUCGGACAGAGUUACAUCAAGAACAUAUUCAUUCCCAGCAGCCGGAGCCGCAACAAGCCCACUUAAAUCCUGAUUUUAACGAGGAAGCACCUCCACUUUUACAUGACGACAACAGACUCACCAUCGAAGCGUACAGUGCGGAACAGCUGCAGAAACUUCCUGCUGGUGGUUCAACGACCGCGACCGGAGUGCAGCAGCAGGACCUUGUUAGCACUCCGUUGAAAACCUGGACCCUCCCACGAUGGCUGGUGGAGGAAAACUCCGCUCUCGGGGUGUUUCAAGCACAGGCAAGCGACCGGUGGCUGAGUUUAGGCGGUGCGCAGGACCACGCGGAGGCUUAUGGGAAAUCGCCGGAUAAUUGUCGCACAUUUCAUCGCGAAGUGGAUGAAGCUUUGAGAGAUAGUAGUAGGAGCGGAAAUUUGGUGCCGGGAUGGAAAACCAGUUCUGCUGACCGCGACAAGCUGCACAAUAAAGGCAUCCUCGGCUUUGAUUUUUUCGAACAAGACCAGCAGAUGAUGAUGUCGCAGGACUCCUUAAGUGACACAGCAAGCACGCGGGCUGCGACUUCUAUCGCACCCACUACGCCGGAACCGCUGAAGCCAGCGGCAUCUGCCCGUGUAGGAGCGGCCGGCUCUGCUGCUGACGAUGUUGACGUUGUGAUGCAGCAUUACACGACCCCGCCAGAAGCUUCGAAAGCAAAUUCAACCUUGCGCCUAGAGGAGGAAACAGACGAACAGGUGCUCGCUUUAGAUCUUCUCUUCAACUACGCGGCCAGGGGGCGAAGAGUACCGGCAGGUAGGUUACUUUCCACGCUAAGUAAGACGCCUGCGUGGACUGCAAUUGUUCCUAGGACGACGGCGGGGCGUGGCACAGCAGAAGAUGCGAGCAGCAUCACUGCUACCCGAUCUCCCUCGAGUACGAAUCUCCUCGCCCUGGAUGACAACCUUGUGACGGAAACCUUGAAUUUUCGGUGUAUUGAGUCUUUGGAAAAAGUCCGACUCGCAGCUUUGGAACUGAUUGAGGGGAAGAUCAAACAGGAGAGGGUGCAGGACAAGGACUUGAAAGUGCUGAGGCGAAUGGUUUUGGAAAAAUCCUUCGCGCUGAAAGCGAUACAAACCCCGACUGUUCUUGUAGCCGCGAAUGGUGCGAAGCAAAUAGGAUAUCAAGGUGGAAAGACGGGGGCCCAGAAGCUAUUUUCAACUUCUAGAACAGCUCGCGGAGGGAUAAUAAACAGACUGGAACAAGCGACCGGCUCCCUCGCAGUCUUUCUCGCGGAGGAAAUGCUUUAUCACGAAAAAGCGCAGAGAACGACACUACAUCCGGCGCAGUACGACCAACUUCGGUCGCGCGCAGAUCUCGGUCCCUGGGCCUUCUUCCGGCAGGUGCCGAAAUAUCUGGUUUUGAAUAUGGAGUUCUCAAAUGUUACAUGAAUUUGUAAUGCAAGACUGGCAAAAGUGGAAGGAGGAAGAUUGCGCCUUUUGCGUUACAAGUUCGGCGCAGAUUUAGGCGCGGCUUAGCCCUUCGCAAAUUUGUCAUGCGGAGCAGCUUGAUCGUGAGGAUGGUGAAGGUGUUUUUGCAUGACAAAUUCAUGCAACAGCUGAGAAUGUAACGCUUGAGAACCCCAUAUUGAACAAGUUCAGAACACCGGUGUCGGGCUACGUCGGAAGACGUGGAGCAUCGGAGAGAGAACCAGAACCACGACAAAGCACCAGCACUCCCCAACAUCAACUACUUCCCACCAUCUCCUUCGGCGCACAGCUCCUCCUUGCAGUCGCAGAUGGGUUGGCGAGAAACAAAAACGAGGGAGUGUAUCUGGAUGGUACGGAAGCAGAAGAAUACGUUUCCGUGCUCUGCGGGAACAAAAUCAAGGCGGCUGGGGGGACGAGCGUGCAGGGCGGUGGAGGACCACCAUGGGAUACUAUCAAUGAUGGACGAGGACUACAGCAAGGUGGUUCAUCCUUUUCGGCCGGCGGCACCGGAGGAGGUGCUACUACUACUAGGACUAGCUCCAGAACAUCAAUAUCAAACGCCGGCUCCUUAUCCUUUUCUGCAGGAGGUCCUCUAGGCAGUACUAGAGCAUCCGGCUCAUCUGCCGUUGACAAUCACAUCUUCGAGGACCCUGUUACCAGCGCAGUGGAUAAAGAGGACAUACAACUUUUCCGGGACAUCUUUUCCCCGGACAUGCCAGAAAUGGUGGACGAGGAUGAAUACCCUGCACAUACACAUACUAGCGUCAUUUCAGCACCACAGCCGGGCUAUCCUGUGCAAAAGUAUCGUACUCGUACAAAUGCAAGUCUUGCAUCACAAAUCUUGUUUCCAAGGCAAAUCCGCAAUAUAGGGAAAUUUGUAAUGCAUUCAUACGAAUACGAUACUUUUGCAGUUCAUACGGGCAGCAAGAAGCGGAACAGGCAGCCGACUGCCUACGAGCGGGCGCGAACGACAAGGUUGUUGAGGAGGAGCAGCACGGUCUUCUCUUAUCAAAUGGAAAAAUGUCUGGGUCUGGAAGGUGAUGCAAGGUUUGUCAUGCUCAUUUUGCAUGACUCCUGACGUCUGUGAUGCAUGCCCUAGCAUCACCGAUUUUGCGAGGUGGGCUUCCUGAUGCCUAUACCGCAUGAGAAGUGCCCUCUUGCCGUGGCAAAAACAGGGCCUCUUUUGCUGUUCAUGCAAUACAGAUUUUUGUCGUAUGCAAAUGCAGCAUGACAAGUUAGAUCCUUCCAGACCCAGACAUAUUUGCGAGGCAGAUCUCUUCGGGCAGCACAACUUCAUCUUCCCCUUCAAGUACAACUCUGGCGGGCGCCAGCAUGAGCAACGGUUCCGCGUCCGCCCCGGUGACGCCGUGCUGCUCGCCGAGUUUGAAGCCGAUGCGCAAGACAAACUCCCUUUCCGCGGUGGCGGAGGUCGAUGUUGGGGAGUUGGAAUUGAUACAGCAACUCGAGGAAGACGCCGGGUCACCUUCAUUUGUUUCUGGUUAUAAUGAACAGCAACAGCAACUACAAAUCCAAAUACAAAAAAACCCCUUACAACAACAAGAACUUCUAUACGCAGAAACAGAUUUCCACCACGACACGGGACGCGAAAUCGAGAUCUUCUUCGAGCACCUUUUAUCCCGCCACCCGACGAUGUUUUUGGUUUUCCACAACACGAAACGGGAAAAAUUCGUCCCGCACGAAGUAAAAUUAGAUAAGUACUUCAAAUUUUCCUACCAGCACGGCUCCGUGCGGCAGUUUACGAGCUCAGAUUUCGCGCAGGAGCAGAUGCCGUUUCUACGGCUACAUCGGAAACUGAGGGAGGAUAGGGAAUUCACCCUGAAAUUCCUUGCGAGGGUGCUGGAGAACAUCGGGAAUGCGGAUUCUUUUGUGGAAGUCGAGAUGAACAGGAACAAGAUUCUAACAAAGCAAGCAGAACCUAUAAGAGGAAGGCCAAGAACAUCUCCCGCAGAAAGAACUUACGUGUUGACCCGCGAAGAAGUCGCGAGUCCUCCGCCGUUCCCGCUUGCCACCGUUUUUUCCAAGCUGAAUCGUCAGGAGAAGGAGAAAGCAGAAUUGAUCGCGGAAAACUUUCUGUUGAAGCACGACGAAGCAGAAGCUGCACAUCAAGUAGACCUUGCCCCACUGCAGCUGGGGAAAACGAAAACCACCACCACCACCACCACGAGGAGAAAUAUUAAACUCGCUAUCACCAUCCCUGGCGACGAAAUUUCUUACAGCGCCCGUUUCCAAGCGGGAAACGCGUUCUAUUCCCGCCGAGUGGAAAAUUCCAACCGCCCACACCAUCUCCGGCUCUACCGCUUCGCGCACCUAGCGCCGAAGCGGUCGGAUGUGGUUUUAACGCUGUUUCGCUACUCCUACGAACAGAUGUUUUUAAUGCGACAGGAGGCGGACGAAGUGGAUACGGUUCAAACGGCGCAUGAAUUGUUCCAAACUUGCGCGGUGGAGUUUGUGCGGAUAUUUCCGAGUAGUUUGGCGUACCAAGAUUGGUGGGUAGAUAAAGAAGUGGUGCCUUUGGAAAAGCAGAGGUUGGAGCUAGUUUUGACCGCGAUUCGGGCGAUGAGGGGAGUUUGGAAUACGUAAAUUCGCCGCGGACCACGAUUGUACGAUCGUGGAAUACGAAUAGUUACGUAUGGAAAUAAAUGGGCAGCGUGGUAAGGAAGUGGCUUUGAUGUGUGCGUAGGCGAGUGGAAAGAGGGGCGCGAUGUCCGAACUUGAAUUCAAGAAUAAAGGCAUUAGAAAGUAAUAGGUUAAACAUGUCACGUAAAAAAAGCAAACUAUUCAUAUUUUUGCCGAACCGAUGGCACUUCGUGCACUUUAUCUUUUUCUCUUUGUGAGGGGUUAUUCAGUGCAAAAAUAUUCUAAUUUCAAUCCAUUCGCUGCAAAGGACGGCAUCGAGUUGUAAUUUUCGUUUACACGACCAGCUUUCAUCUUUCAACACUAAACAAGAAAAUCUAGAAUGCAUUUUGCUAACCUACGUUGGACAGGUCACUUGAAUGCGCCGCGCGCUCGUGUUUGUUGCAACAUGAGUCGCGGUAGCACUCUUGUCUAUUAAAGAAUCAUCACAGGAGGCGGAUCAACAUCCAGAAUGCAGUGCGUCAAGAAUAAAGUAGUUGAAAGUAAGUUGUACAAGAUGGGAAAGGUAAAAGCCGUAUCAUGUUGUAAUGAAGGAAAUGCCGGUGCACCUAUGACGCAUCAGAAAGAGCUCGGAUUUUAACGUUCACGCGCGGAAGUCAAUACGAUUCGGAAUCGUCUGGGAAAUGUGCAAGUACAAGAAACUACGCAGCG